AUGGCCGUAGACGAAGAAACCCAUGCCGAGGCCCAAUCCGUUGGAGGAAGCAUUGAACUGGACCUUGAGGAUCGCCUGUACCUCGAGGCUCAGAGGGACCCUGAGCGCAUCGCGAACAAAAUUUCCAGAGGCCCACAGCGCCUGGGCUUCUGGUCAAUAAUAUGCAUUAUCAUCAACAGGAUGAUGGGAAGCGGUAUAUUCAAGACACCUACAACUUUACUAAAAGGCACACAAAGCGUUGGCGUGUCUCUCCUGUUCUGGCUUUGCGGUGCUCUCGCAACCCUUGCCGGCGCCAUGGUAUUCAUUGAAUUCGGCCUAACCACACCACGAUACCUCAUCGACGGCCGCAAGGAGGCUGUACCACGGAACGGAGGGGAGCUAGUAUAUCUCCAGUAUCUUUUCAAAAAGCCCAAGUACUUCAUUACAUGCAUCUAUGGCCUUCUAUUCAUCAUCAUUGGCAACAUGGCUGGCAACUCUAUAGCGUUUGGAGACUACGUACUCAGAGCAGCUGGCCACGAGAGCCCAAACAGGGCUUCAGUCCGAGGAAUCGCUCUUGGCGUCAUUACUUUUACUUGCCUCUUUCACGGUACCUGGAGAAAAGGCGGAAUCUGGCUGAACAACAUCUUCGCUGUCCUCAAAGUUGCUACUCUCUGUUUCAUCAUCGUUGUUGGCUUCUGUGCUCUUGGGGGAGUCUUCGGCGACAAAGCGAACAAAGCAGCCACGAAUUACGCCCUGGAUAACUCAUUCAGCAACACAUCUCACUCAUCAUAUGGCUAUGCAGAAGGGUUCCUCUCAGUCAUUUUUGCAUACACCGGAUUCUCCCAGUCGAAUUAUGUCCUGAGUGAAAUCGACCAGCCACGCAAAAAAUUCCGGAAGGGCGUUCUGACUGCAGUGGGUACAAUGUGCGUUCUCUACAUGCUAGUCAAUGUAGCUUAUUUUAUUGUUGUCGAUAAGAACGAUCCCCGGCUCGACGGGUCCGAUGUGUCUGCUCUAUUUUUCCAGAACACAUUUAAUGGUGGCGUAGCCUCAAGAGUGCUCAAUGCUUUCAUGGCUAUCUCCGGUCUCGGUAACAUUAUCGUCAUGACAUUCACUGCAGCCCGCGUCAAACAAGAGAUUGCCAAGGAGGGCGUUUUGCCUUGGCCGAAAUUCUUUGGCCAAAGCUCCAACAUAUUUGGCCGCAUUUCGAACCGCCUGCUUGGCCGACCCGUCAAAGACUCUGAAUCCAUUGAGGCAACACCCGUGGGUGCGCUGACGUUACAUUGGGCGUUCUCUGUCCUCCUUAUCCUCGCCACUUGGGGCCAAUCUACGGAGAACGCAUACAACGUCCUUACACUUCUAUACUCUUAUUGCAUUGGCUCGCUUCUCAACACAGUGCUCGGUUUGGGCAUGCUUUACCUCCGCCUGGUCACCUGUCAUCGCAAGAGCCACCACAACAAUGGCAAAAACGAAGAUUCAAUGCACAGCCGCACUACUAAAUCCGCAGGCUGGCGGGCUAAAUCACCCUUUAACCAUUAUAUUUCGACAACGUGCGCCUUCGUCUUUUUCAUUGCGAACCUUUACCCGCUUAUCGGCAACUGGAUCCCACCCUCCGAUAUCACUGAGACAUCGUCGGUCAAGGACCUCGUUCCCGAUUACCCCUGGUAUCUUGUCCCGACUGUCGGCUGGGCGCUUGUUGGGUGCGGUGUGUUGUACUGGUUUGCCUUCGUUUUUGUCGUGCCGCAGAUCGGGUACCGCAAAGGCAAGGAGUUCGUUGUGGAGAGAGAGCCGUUCUUUCACGUCGAGCAUGGCUACCAUGUGCAAUGGCAUGAGAUUGUGAGUUUUAACUGGGUGGUUAAGGGUGGGAGAGGUGGCAGCGCAAGCGAUGAUGGAUAUGAUCUGGAUGAACGCUAA